AAGAGGAAGAAGGAAGAGAAAGAGGAGAUGGAGGAUUUGAAGAAGAGGAAGCUGGAAGAAGGGAACGAUGAUUUUGCUUCGAAGGAAGAGAUUCGAUUCCUGAUUGAACCUUUAGCUAAACCCCAGCUCGUUGAACUUCUCGCUAAACUAGGGUCCCAAUAUCCUUCAAUUGCAGAAGAAAUAAAAAGUAUUGCAAGUGCAGAUCCUGUCCAUCGAAAGCUUUUUGUUCGUGGCUUGGCCUGGAAUACAUCUUCAGAAACUUUGCGUGCUGCAUUUCAAGAGCAUGGAGAAAUUGAGGAAGGUGCCGUGAUCUAUGAUAAAGCAACAGGAAAAUCCCGUGGCUAUGGAUUUAUCACCUACAAAAAUAUGGAAUCAACUCAGCAAGCACUGAGAGCCCCUAGCAAGUUAAUUGAUGGAAGAUUGGCUGUCUGUAAUCUAGCUUGUGAAGGUCUAAGUGGAACAAGUAGUGCUCCUGAUCUUGCCCUGAGGAAGCUUUAUAUUGGAAGUUUAUCACCAGAAGUCACAAGUGAAAUGCUGCUUAACUAUUUUGCGAGGCAUGGUGAAAUAGAGGAAGGUUCAGUUGCAUAUGAUAAGGAUACAAAUGAAUCACGUGGAUUUGGCUUUGUUACGUACAAGACAGCAGAAGCUGCAAAGAAGGCCAUAGAUGAUCCUGAAAAGAUUCUUGGGGGAAGGAAUAUAAUUGUAAAAUAUGCCGAUUCCCACAAAGGUAAAACUGGCCAGCCGCCAUUUCCUGCUGGAGUGGUUCCAAUGGCUGCCUUACCUAUGAACCCAGGAUAUAUGCAGGCUGGAAAAGCUCAUGUUAGUUCAGGGCCCCCAGUCAAUUACACUUACCCACAAACUGUUGCACCAUAUUCUGCAUCUCCUUAUCCAAACCCUCCCACUGCCCCCUCACCUUAUCCAACACAAGGGCAGGUUCCUUAUCCUCCAGUUUCUGCAAAGAAGGACCAACUUGGGUAUCCACCCACUCAACCUGUUGGAAUGAAUAACUACCCAUAUUAUUAUCCCAAGCAAUGAAUGUAUUUAACUAAAUAUGAUGAUUUUGGUACUCCUUUCUUUGCUUUCCUGUUCAAAUCUUACUAGCCCCUUGUACCUCUUACAUGUCUUCAGCUAUGCUGCUCUGCAACCCUUCCCUUUCUUUUGCAGUUUUUGAUAUCUUGUAGAAUUUUGGCAUUCUUAUUACUUGUAAUACUAGGCCAGAAACUCCUGUGACUAGAAAAUUUUUUAUAUUUUUUUCUGAAUAUUUUAGACGUCUGAUUAUUGUAACGUUUAUAUUUUUUUUUCUCUGCAUUUAGGCUAGAAAUUACAAAUUUAAAGCAUUUGCCAUUAUUUGAGGGAUUAUUUGUUCUUU